UUCACAAACAUCCACCCUGACCCAAUGGCAGUAACAGUUCCAAGAUGCGCUUGGCCUAUUGCCUCUUUCCGACAUUAAUCUGUUUUCACUCCCCCAAACUCUUCUUCUUUCUACUCCUUCUCACUUAUCACGCACAAAUUACACGAAUCUAAUGUACUUCACCCCAGGCCCUAACUCCCUUCUUCCCUAGCUAGGGUUUAUCUCUCUCACUCACUCCCAACAAAAUCCUACCCUUCCCCUCCCCAAUCUUCAUUCUCCCUCGCGAUUCUUCCUUCAAACUGUGGUUUCGCAAGAAUCCUUUCGCUCGCGGCAAUUUCGAUGAUUCAAAUAUAAAAAGAGGAAUCAAUCUUCUAUGCUCUGUUAGAAGCAGUGAAGGUUGGAAUUUUGGUGUUAGUUUAUUUCUGGUUUUAAUUGAAUGCAAAGUUCGCACUGGAAAGAUGUAUAAUCAAGUGAAUCGCGGUUCUCAUUUUGGGCAGAGUUCUGUCCCUCCGCUGCUGCCACCACCGCCACCACCACCACCGCCAUAUCAGCAAGCUCCGCCACAUUUCCAUCAAUUCCCACCAUCUAACGUUGGUGGUCCUCCACCACCACCACCACCACCACCACCACCACCUAAUAUUGGGGGUCCACCGCCGCUGCCACCUCCUAACAUUGGUGGUCCACCACCACCUCCACCGCCUCAUAAUGUUUAUUUACCCGGAUCUCUGCCUCCACCUCCUCCUACUUCGUCUUCCUCAGUUUCCUUGAACCUUGCUGUUCAAGGUUGGCAUAAUGUGAUGCCAAAUUCAGGACAAUCGUAUGCUGUCCCUUCUCAAUUACACCAUGUGAACACCAUGGGGCCACAAACAUCUUGGGCUCCAGCGCCACCAACUAGAGUAUUGCCGCCGCCACCACCACCUCCCUCGGCUUCCCAAGGACAUAUUUUGUAUAACCCUCCUUUCCAUGGUCCUCCUCUGCAGUCCGGUGAUGUUCAGAAUCUGCAUAAUGCUCCUCCACCACCACCUCCUUCAGUGUAUUUCCAUUCAACUGUUGGGAAUUACCACGUGCCUUCUGGUGUUCCCCCACCAUUGCCAUCAUCUCCACCACCUGUUCUGCCGGCUCCACCGCCAGUAACGUCUGCAUCAUCAAAUGGUGCACGCACUGAUGACACUCACUCUGUGAAGGUUUCUGGCUUGGAAUCAAAGGCUGCAGAACUGGUUGACGGAGUUGUAGCUUCUCAUCCGUCUGGUGUUGUGCCUGUACAUGGUUCUGAUUCUAAUUGGGAUGGUGCAAGUUGUAGAGAGGUUGCUGGUGCUGGCAGAGAUGAGGAUCUUCCCCCACCCAAGCCAACAGAAGAAAAAACUGUGCAGAAGAUUGAAGCUUUGUGUCAGCUUAUUGCUGAGAAGGGUGCUGAUAUCGAAGAUAAAAUUUGUCAAGAUGAAUUUCAGAAUCCUGAAUAUGCAUUUUUCAUUGGUGGAGACCCGGGAACCGAAGCUGCAAUUGCUCACACUUAUUUCCUGUGGAUGAAGAAGAAAUAUAAUUUGGAUACUCGAUGGCAUGAAAAGAGAAGACAAUCAGAUAUAGUAUACUCUUCAGGGGAGCAGUAUCGUCUGCAUGUUACAACCGUGAGUGCCGAUUCUGACAUGGAAAUGGAAGAUGAUAUCACACUUUCUGACAAGGACCAAGGUUCAAAUUAUGCCACUGAAGUCCUAACUCAUGGACAUAAUCGGGAUGAUGAAGUGUUUAGCAUGAAUAAGAAUAUAAAGCAGCUGCAGAAUUUAACAGAGAAUGACCCUGCCAAGGACAUCUCAUCGUGCAGCGCAUCAUACUUUGGAUCCCUGGGAGCCAGCAAACAGGAUGGAGAGGAUAGGUGUGGCAAGUCAUUGUUCAGGAUCAUUGCAUGUGGAAUACAUUCAGAAGGAAUUACUUUUUAUCUCGUUUUUGACGUAGCCCUAUCAGAAUUCAGAAGUGGACCAGAGAUUUUAUCUGAAUCAGAGCACAUCAAAUCUGUAAGAUCUGUUACCAAGGUUUGUAGUCCUGUGAAUGACUCCACUAAAGUGGCUGAAUUACCCCUGGGUGCAGCUUUGGAGAAAUCUACAGCUCCUGUAGAUGAUGAUUUCACACGUACCAGUACUUCUGAUCACAAUGAAACCACUACUACUGAUAGAGAUUCUGGGCUACUCAUUAGUAGUGGCAGCCCAAUAAGACUUCUUCAAGAUUAUGCUUCUGAUGACACUUCAGAUAAUGAAGAUGAAGGCAAUGCUGCGGAUGCUAAUGUUUUCACGGUCUCAGGAGGUGCUGACACUGGUGUUUCAGCUGCACGUAAAGAUUCUGGGAGUUAUAUGGAGACUGAUAUCGGAUCUAAGAUUCCUUCCAGUGCCCAAAAGGGGUUUGGGCCGCUCUCCAGAAAAUCGCAGGAUGAUUCGGAAAUAGCUCCACAUUUAUUACGAGAGUCUAAGGAAACCCGUUACCGUAAAAAAUCUGUCUCACGUUGGUCUAGUGAGCAUAACCUUGAAAAUCAGGUGUCUGCUUUAAAGGGCAAAGAUGGAUUAGAGAGUACUGGCAUUGACAGUGGUAGUAAAAGUGGUAAUGCUGAAAAGGAAGAUGAUGGGAAAACCUCAAAGUUGGAACCAAAUGUUCUGAAAGUUGAUGAAUUCGGAAGACAUCUCAAAGAAGGUCUUACAGAUAGUGACUCUGAUGAUUCACGCUAUCAUCAGACAAGCAGACUAAACAAAAGAGAUAGAAGCUGGAGUCGCAGCCGGUCUCCUCCAGGCAGGAGGAGUAGGAGGAAUAGGAGGAGUCCCUGCAGGAGAAGGGAUAAAAGAAACAGGUCUCGCAGCUGGUCUCCCUGGCACCGAAGAAGUAGGAGUAGGUCUCCAAUCUCAAGACGUUCAGGUGACUUUCGUGGUGAGAAUGUGAAAAGGGACAAGGAUCAGUGCUUGGACUUCCUUCGAGGAAAGUGCUAUCGAGGAGCAUCUUGCAAGUACAUUCACCAUGAAUCUGACAUGAAUGCUACUUCAAGGCGCUAUAGGAAUAAACAUGAUCUGGAAGCCAGUUCUCGUGCAAAAGAAUCUAAGAUUAAUGGAGACAUGAAGAGUAUUUCUUCUAAAGUGUUGGAUAAUGAGCGUGAUGGAUUCAGAAGUCAGGAUGUGAAUCUUUUCCAGAAUGUAACUAGCCAGGAAGUAAUGAAGAAAAAAGAAGAUUCAGGAAGGCAUGCUGUUGCAUCAACUACCAUUCAUCUUGAUGGUCAAUCAGUUAAUAUCAAUCUAAGUAAAUCUGAAUGUAGCAGAGAGGUUGCUCCUGAAAAGCUGGAAACCAUAGUAGUGAGGGAGGAACCUAAGACUUUAAUCCUUAAAAAUGAUGGUUUGAAAGCAGGGGAUUCUCAUCAGCAACACUUAGUUGAUGGUUUUCACCCUGAAGCUUUAGGCAGUGGUGAUGCUUCUAAACCAUCUGGUACAUAUAAAGAUGUCAUUCCCUCAGAAGAUGGUUCAUUUGUUCGGCAAAUGCAAUUCAAUGUUUCUGCUGUUGGAAUUCCAGAACAUUCUGGGUACAUGUCUCAGCAUGUGAAUGCAUCCUUUGUGACUGAUUCAUCACCUGAUAAAAGAUCAAUUGUUUCUGCUAGUGUUAAUGAAGCUCCUGGUAGUGAACUGUUACCAUUGUUGUCAUCAACUCAGCAACAGUCAGCCACUAGUUCUGUUGGGCAAUGUGUCACAUCAGAGCAGCCUUCAUUGCACUCUGAGGCUUUUGAAGAGUUACCUCCACAGAGUGGUUCUUCUGGGGAAUUACGGCUUCAUACUUACCAGUUGCCAGCUUCUGCUGUUUCACAUUUCCAGGGUGAAAAUCCUGUGCAUAUGCCACAAAUUUCAAGGCAGUAUGGUGCAAUGCAACAAAGUGCAUUCUUUCCUUUCCAAUCCACUACGAGAGAAAAGUUUGAACCUUACCCAGCUCCAUUACACAUGCAGAAUGCUCACUUCAAUGUACCACCUAAUAGCUCUUGGACAUCCUUGCCACUGCCACCACCACCGCCACCAGGCCCACCACCAAGAGCGGUGUAUAAUUCCAGUUUAAACUCAGGAGUUGUAAAAUCAUAUAUUUCUUCUGAAUUCAAUCAGAGUCAAUUGCAUUCAAGAACUGACUUUGUUUCUCAGACUUCCAUGAAGUCUGGGUUACCAACUGGUUCUCAGAAUUCUGAAUUUCAGGAUCAAGCAUACCCUCCAAUGCAGGAUCAUUCACUAAUUUUCAUGCUUACAGAACCUUUCUCUCCAAAGCAUCUCCCUCAGGGGAACCCAGCUAGUCAAUUGCCUUCAGGCUCUAAUCUCAAUAGAGAUGAUUUUCAUAAUCAACUUCCUAUGCAGGAUUCAAAAUUUUCAAGUACCACAUCAUUUGGGAGCCUGCAGCCUCAAUCAAAUCAAUUUUCCUGGAAGUUGGAUGUGAACAGACUACAACCUACUCUGGGUGGCAAGUUGCCUCCUGAAGGACAUCUUAUGACAUCUUCCCACAUCGAUUCAUUAUCACAGAAGCAACAACCAAUGUAUAAUUUUCAAUGUUCUGUAUCCGAGGCUAAUUUGGGUGUGCCUGGGGAGACUGUUACUGUUUCAAGAUAUCCAUCUGAUUUUCUGGAUAGCAAUCAUUCAACUUCUCUUCCAUCUUUUGGGGGAUCAAGAAUAUCUGCUCACUAUAAUCCUUAUGCAUCAACCUUUGAGAAACCACUAAGUUCCAAAUUCAGUUCAAGUAUUUAUAGACAGGAAGAUGAAAUAAUCCAUGGUAACAAUUAUGCUUCUUCUAGAUUGAACCAUACUCCUGUAAAUGGGGAAGGUGAUGGUGUGGUUGGAUUAAGACAGUCAGCUUCCUCAUCAAAAUCAGCUAGAGCUCUUGGUCAGAUUUUACCUAGGUCUGGUGGUGACCAAUAUGACCCGAUUUUUGACAGCAUUGAACCAUCAUCCUCUUCUCUGAAAAAAAUUGAUUUUGAUCAGAAGAAGGAAGUUACAGGUGAAUCCAACAUCAGCCUAAGGCCCAAAAGUUCUUACAUGUCUUUGGACUCGGAUGAGAAGAACAAGCAGGAGGAGGUUGGGGCUGUUGCCUCUACCACUUCUCAAAAUAUUGAUGAAUAUGGUGAAACAGCAGAUGCAGAAGUUGGUGCUGUUGAAAAUGAGAGCCUAAGUGAUGAUGUGGAUGUUGCAAAACUGACUUCAGGGGAGGUUGAGAUUAAUCAGGUCAAGUCUCCUGGGAAAAGAAAAAAGAGUAAGGAUUCCAGAUCAAUGAAAUUGUUCAAAGUUUCCAUUGCAAACUUUGUAAAGGAGGUUUUGAAACCAUCAUGGCGGCAAGGUAAUAUGAGUAAGGUGGCUUUCAAAACCAUUGUGAAAAAGACUGUGGAUAAAGUGUCAGGAGCCAUGAAAGGCCACCGUGUACCCAAGUCCCAAACGAAGAUAAGUCAAUAUAUUGAUUCAUCACAGCGAAAGUUGACUAAACUUGUGAUGGGUUAUGUUGACAAGUAUGUCAAGGUAUGAAAGUGAAGUAUGCAAAUGUUUCUCCAACAUUAAAUGUCAAUAUAGGUGCAUCAUUUCAACAGAAAACAUCGAUGCUUCCCUGGAGUUGUCUCCUCUCAAUUAAAGGCAUACUAGGUAGGUGCGAGAAUGAUUGAUCAACAUUCAAGUUCCUCAAGUUUUGGUCGUCACCAAUAUGUAUGUAUUGUAUUUUCUACUUGUUAUUCUUUGUGAUUUGCUUUUAAUUUAUAGUUUCCACCUCAUGUUAUAUAAUAGCAUUUUGAAGUAGUUUACCCGUGAAUAUUGCAAAGUUGGAAUUAGUUCUCUUUUUAUUGUUUUUA